UGUAGGUUUAGAGCGGGCAAAUGAGGUCCGCCUUGUCAGAUAUUCGCCAGUGCCCUCCCGUCUCAUCUCGCAGGGCCCCACUUGGGCCCCCCACGCUGGACCUUCGGGGUUACAGAGGAUCCUCCCUGCCCCUCCCCAGGCUUGGGCAAGAUGCAACCCCUGGAUUUAUACAAUCUUAACUGCUGUGGCUGUGUUUCCGUAUUCCUGGGUGGCCCCGCCUGCUCCCCACUGCCCUGCCCACUGCUACAUUACAGCACCUUCCUCCACAGGUUGGCCACCAUGGUGCCCUUGGGGCCACUGCACGGGGCCUGCUGCACUCUGCUCAUCUCCCUGCUUCUGGGUUGCUGUCUGCUGCCCCCAGGUAUCCAGGGGCAGGAGUACCUGCUGCGGGUGGAGCCCCAGGACCCAGUUAUACCUGCCAGAGGAUCCCUCUUGGUAAACUGCAGUACUGAUUGCCCCGACCCUGAACUCAUCACCCUGGAGACGUCCCUAUUGAAGGAGCUAGUGAGCCGUGGCCCAAACUGGGUGGCCUUCCAGCUCAGCAAUGUGACUGCUGACAGCAAGGUCCUCUGCGCUAGCUUCUGCAAUGGCUCCCAGAUGACAAGCUCCUCUGAUAUCACAGUGUACCGGUUUCCAGAGCGUGUGGAGCUGGCACCCCUGUCCCCCUGGCAGCCUGUGGGCGAAAACCUCACCUUGCGCUGCUGGGUGGCAGGCGGGGCACCCCGGACCCACCUCUCCGUGUUGCUGCUCCGUGGAGAGGAAGAGUUGAGCAGGCAGCAGGCGGUCGGGGAGCCUGCAGAGGUCACCACCACAGUGCUGGCCAACAGAGACAAUCAUGGUGCCAAUUUCUCUUGCCGCUCCGAACUGGACCUGCGGCCCCAAGGGCUGGGACUGUUUCAGAACAGCUCGGCCCCCAGGCAGCUCCGAACCUUUGUCCUGCCUGCGACCUCCCCGCGCCUCACUGUCCCCCGGUUCUUGGAGGUGGGAACGUCCGGUCCCCUGGCUUGUAGCCUGGACAAGCUGUUUCCAGCCUCAGAGGCCCAGGUACAACUGGCACUGGGGAACCAGAUGCUGAAUACCUCAGUCUUGAGCCAAGGGGACACGCUCACAGCCACAGCCACAGCCACAGCAAGCGCGGAGCAAGAGGGCGCCAGGGAGAUUGUCUGCAACGUGACUCUGGGGGGCGAGAGCCGAGAGAUCCGAAAGAACUUGACCAUUUACAGCUUCUGGGGGCCCACAGUGAACCUGAGCGGGACUAUCGUAAACCUGACCGAGCCCACCGUCCCUGAGGGGACCACAGUGAACGUGACUUGCGCGGCCGGAGCCCGAGUCCAGGUCACACUGGAUGGAGUUCCGGCCGUGGCCCCAGGGCAGCUCGCCCAGCUUCAGAUAAACGCCACCGAGAGGGACGACAGGCGCAGCUUUUUCUGCAAUGCCACCCUCGAGGUCGAUGGGAUAAUCUUGCGCAGGAACAGGAGCGUCCAGCUGCAUGUCCUGUACGGUCCCAAGAUUGACCCAGCCAAAUGUCCUCAGCAUUUGACGUGGAAAGAUAGGACGAUCCAUGUCCUGCAGUGCCAGGCCCGGGGCAACCCGGAACCACAGCUACAGUGUUUGCAGGAAAGCUCCGGGUUCCAGGUGCCCAUCGGGAUCCCAUUCCGCGUCAGGUUAAACUACAAUGGUACCUACUGCUGCCGGGCGGUCAGUUCACAGGGCACGCACACUUUGACAGUGGUGAUGAACGUUCAGGAUCGGAACUCCCCUGUCGUCACCAUCUUCAUGGGGGUGUUAGCGAUCCUGGGCCUCGUGACUGUCAUCGCAGCCUUACUGUACAUCUUCAGGGUGAGGAAGCGUAAUGACAUCUACCAUGUGAAUCAGGGCAGCACCUGUUUGCCCCUCACGUCUAAACGGCCCAGCGAGGUGCUGGGGAGGGAGCCAUCCUGAACCUCGGGCUACCGGGGGACUGGGCCAAAGAA